AUGAGUGCGAUUAGCGCCGAUAAUAGGCCAAUAGCCACAGCUUGCGCAAUUGCUAGUGUCUUACAUGACGCUAGCUGGCGCCGACGGUCGCAGUGGGUUUGGCGUGUUUUUUGGACCCGCUGACGGCUGUUGCACGCAGAGACGCUGCGCACGUCUUCUCUGAGCAGUCCUGUGGCCGCGCGCCAGUCGCCGCGCACCAGUAAGCUCGCCGCAGCCGACGCCAGCCGACGCGACGCGCAGCACGCCCGCCGACGCGCAAGCGCAGCCAUGCGCCUCUCGCCCGCCAGCCUCGCCGCCGCGGCGUCGCAGGUCGACAAAGCACAAACGGAACUGCCGCAGCUCCACCACGCGUCGGCGCUGCGGAACCGCGUUCCCAUCCUCAAGGCUCUGCUGAAGUUACUCCCGAACGAAGAAGUGGUAGGAGACGCCUGCGAGAUCGGCGCGGGAACGGGAGCCCUACUAGAAGUCCUCGCACCGGGCUUCCCAGGAAUAAAUUGGCUGCCGACCGAAUUCGUCCCUCAAGAACCCGUCGAGGUCGAGAACCAGUGGGCGGCGCACGGGAAAAUUGGAAGAAGAUUAGGCAGUGAACUGGAGACGUUAGAUGCCCAUUUGCAGCCCUUCGCGAACGUGCUGCCGUCCGUGGCCGUCGAUCUGCUGGACGAGAACUGGUUCGAGAACGUGGGGUCGUUGGAUUUGCUCGUGUGUUGCAACGUGCUCCAUGUCUCGCCCUGGGCCUGCUCCGAGGCUUUAUUUGAAGGUGCUGGUGAAGUUCUGAGACCUGGAGGGCAAUUACUCAUUUACGGCCCUUUUAAAGUUAAUGGCGAAUUCAUCGGCGACGACGACGGCGCGGGCAACCGCAAGUUCGAUGCCAAGUUGAGGGAGAACAGCGUGGAGUGGGGCCUGCGCGACGUCGAUGAUUUGAACCGGUUGGCGUCGUAUGCCGGUCUGGAGGCGAAGAAACGUAUUGACAUGCCGGCGAACAACCUGCUGCUCCAGUUCGUCAAGGUGCGCACGGGGCCGCUCGGGCGCAUCGCCGAGUGCUUCAUGUGA